AGCGCCCACUCUCCCGUGGUACAGGAAAUGGAAGCGGAAAGGGCGAGGAGACGCCUCCGAGGCGCCUCUCUAGGACGUUCCUCUCGUUCUCCCUAAUCCUCCCCCCCCCCAGCUCUGACGUCCCAGAGCUCCGUUGAGGAGGAUUUUCCUUCUCCGCCUUUUUCCCCCCUGGCGGCAUUUUGGGCGGCGGUGCAACUUCUGGGCGUCCGGCAAGGCUGCUCCUCGGCCCCGCUCCGGGCAGGUGGGGCUGCUCCUGCUCUCCCUCGGCCGGCCAGGAGGAAGCAGGGGACACCGGGAAAAGUGGACAAAAUUCCAGUUCUGAGAUUUUCAGCGUUUAGAAAGCCCUGCAACUGAGAAGGCUGGCUAGAGAAAUACUUCAAUAGGAGGUCCCCUCAGAGGAACUAGGAGAGACUCUUCAAGUGCUCUGAGGGCGAGAUAUCCUUUGCUCACAAAUCCCUCCUUUUGAUUAACUGGAAGCUGGACAUGGGGAAUGGAUCCCAGCUGUGUUUGAAGUGUGCGAAGUUGUUUCAUGGUUGUGAAGCUUUGCCAAGCAUCUCUGGAGCCACCCUAGACUGAAGCCCUACAGAUGUGGAGAGUGUGGGAAGCAUUUUGCUAAAGGCUGGGACCUCAGAGCUCCUUAGCGUAUCCACCAGGGAAAGAGUCCUCAGGAAGGCCUCAGUGUUUUUCCAGGGUCUCCAAAUCCAUGAGAAAAUUCAAAUGGAAAUAAAACCUUAUAAAUGCUUCGAGUGUGGAAAAUGUUUCACUCGGAGUUCAUCACUUUGCAAACAUAAUAAAACACACACAAAGGAGGAAAGCAGAACGUGCCAAGAAUGUGGGAAAUGUUUUUCCAACAAAUCAGCCCUGCAGCAACAUCAGACAGUCCACACUGGGGAGAGACCUUAUCAAUGUCUGGAGUGUGGGAAAUGUUUUUCCAGAAAAUCAGCCUUGCAGCGACAUCAGACAGUCCACACUGGGGAGAGGCCUUAUGAAUGUCUGGAAUGUGGGAAAUAUUUUUCCAGCAAAUCAGUCCUGCAGCAACACCAGAUAAUCCACACUGGAGAAAGACCCCAUGAAUGCCCAGAAUGUGAGAAACGAUUUGUGCGUUCUUCCGCACUUUGGAGACACCAAAAGACGCACACGAGAGAAAAACCCUACCAGUGCAUCGAGUGUGGAAAAUUUUUUGGUUCAAUAGCAAACCUGAGACAUCAUGAGAAUAUUCACAGAGGGGAAAAAAAAUUCAAAUGUUUAGACUGUGGGAGAGCAUUUAUUUAUUCAUCUUAUCUUAGAAGUCACUGGCAAGUCCAUUUAGGAGAGAAGCCCCAUAAAUGCUCGGAGUGCGAUAAAUGUUUUUCUAGGAGAGAUACCCUUGUGUUACAUCAGAGGAUCCACAGUGGAGAGAAACCACAUAAAUGUCCAGAGUGUGGGAAGUCUUUUUCUUGCCAACAAUAUCUUAGAAAACACGAGACGAUUCACACCGAAAAGAAGCCUUGCAAGCAUGUAGAAAAAAAUAAAAAUAAAAUGUGCUCACAAUGUGGGAAAUGUUUCUCCCAAAGGUCACAACUAAUUCGACAUGAGAGACUUCACACCGGAGACAGGCCCUAUCAAUGCCCAGAAUGCGACAAGCGAUUUGUGGUGUCUGCUGAACUCCGGAGACACCACAGGGGACACACAGGAGAGAAGCCCUAUAAAUGUGGGGAGUGUGCGAAAGGUUUCCUCACAGCAGCACUGCUUCGGGUUCACGAGAGAAUCCACACGGGGGAGAAGCCGUACAAAUGUGUAGAGUGUGGGAAAUGCUUUUCCCGGAAACAACACCUUGGACGUCAUCAAAAGGUCCAUAAAAGAAUGAAGCCAUAAAGACUCCUAAAGUGUAGAAAUGUUUUGCUUAAAAGGGAGAUAUCAGAAAACUCACAUGGGAAAAGGCCUAACAGGCCCUGAUGGUGGAACAGUUUUUCAUAGUUGUUCAACCCAUAGAAGUCAUUUAACAGUUCCUAAAGAGGGGGGGGGGGAAUUAGAAACUCUUAGAUCAUGAGAGAGCAUUUUUUUUUGUCAAUCAUCCCUUAAAAAUCAUACUUUAAUCCAGGUGUGUCAAACUCACAGCAUUUCGUGACGUGUUGUGACUUUUACCAUUGCCGGCAAUGGGGUGGGCGCAGAUUUGCUAUGAUGUAUCCAGCCCACGAGCUGGGAGUUUGACACCCCUGUUCUAAUCCAUAUAGGAAAGAUGCAGCAUAAAUGAAGAGAAGGACGAGGGGGGACAUGAUAGUCGUGUUCCAAUAUCUCAGGGGCUGCCACAAAGAAGAGGGA